CGACACGAAGUUAAGUCAAUUAGUAAGCCCAAGAAUGAUUCUUAUCUCGAUUGACUUAUCGUGUUCUUCCACGAGCCUACAAGGAAAUCAACCGCCUGCGGUCCUAUCGGUAGCGAAAGUGUCCUGUAGUUUGCGCGAGACAAAAAACGUUAGUGGGUUUGAGAAACAGGGAAAAGAUUUUGUGUGGAAAGACGAUGGCUAACACGGUGGAAGAGCUCGGUGGGAGGCGCCACUUUGACUACAUCGUCAUUGGAUGUGGCGGGAUCGGCAGUGGCGCCAUCUACUGGCUGUCGAAAAGAGCAGGACAGAGUAAGUAGCGAGUAGUAGAGUAAUUACGGUUGAAAAUAUUUUGAUUCUCUUACCUAAUCCUAGUCCUCUGACCACAGACUGAAUUCUAACUCCAAGUAGCUUUAUAACAUUCUAAUUGUAAAUGUACAAUUAUCUGAUUUAUUAAGACAAUGUUUUGGCCACAUGAAAAGUACAAUUCGACACAUUUUUAUAUAAAUCAUGAAUUACUAAAAAAAAAUUGAAUAUUAAUAGUAUUUAAACAGAUUUUAAUCCGCAAUUCGACAUUACUUCAUUCAAGACACGCUUCAUCUUUGCUAUACCUUAUCUCAAGGCACACCUUACUUUUCCGACAAACCUUAUCUCAAGACACACGUUAUUUCCGAUUAACCUUAUCUCAAGACACACUUUAUUUUUCCGACUAACCUUAUCUCAAGACACACGUUAUUUCCGAUUAACCUUAUCUCAAGACACAACUUAUUUUUCCGAUUAACCUUAUCUCAAGACACAACUUAUUUUUCCGAUUAACCUUAUCUCAAGACACAACUUAUUUCCGACUAACCUAAGACACACCUUAUUUCCGAUUAACCUUGCCUCAGGACACACCUUAUUUCAAGACACACCUUAUCCUAAGACGCACCGUAUUCCAAGACACACCUUAUCCCAAGACACACCUUAUCCCAGGAUACACCUUAUCUCAAGACGCGCCUUAUUUCCUAUUGACGUUACCUCAAGCCACACCUUAUCUCAAGACACACCUUAUCCCAAGACAAACCUCACUACAAGACACACCUUAUCCCAAGACACACGUUAUCCCAAGACACACGCUAUCUCUGCCUCUAAUCUAAAAGUCCUAUGCUCCCGCUAGUCUAACUCUGCUCUGUAAGAGCGGGUGGCUCAUCUGAGUACCAACAUGGUUCAUUGGCGUGAAGAAGAACAAAUUGCGGUUGCGAGCUUUGAGGAGAGGGGGGGGGGGAAGCACUAAUUUGAAUUCUUAAAAAGCCUCCUUAACCGUAUUCAUGUAAUUGUCCGAUUUUCCUCCCCACCCCACCCCAUUUCUCGAUAUAUAACGUUAUAAACAAAUUGCGGUUGCGGGCUUUGAGGAGAGGGGGGGGGGGGAAGCACUAAUUUGAAUUCUUAAAAAGCCUCCUUAACCGUAUUCAUGUAAUUGUCCGAUUUUCCUCCCCACCCCACCCCAUUUCUCGAUAUAUAACGUUAUAAUGGGUUUAUACGGGGAAAAAAAGUUGUUUUUAGUGGUUGUUUAGAGUUAAACGUUGAACAGCAGGUUGUUAAUCGCUGGCCAUGAAUUACUCUUACCAGCUUUUACGCCAUUCGUCAUUUUAUUGUGUUUAGGCCACAGCGCUUCGGCUGCAAUGGGUAAUCCUCAUUGAUGGCUGGUAGAGCUGUGUGCAUCGGUCAAGUAAUGCAAUGAAACUCGGUGACAUUGCUAACCAAUGACGUGUCACAUUGGUUCCAAAAAAAUGUGUUGUUUCACGUUGCUGGCCGGUUAUUCUCUGUAAACAACCGAUUAUAUCGCGUGGCUAACCCAGUUAUAUUUAUCAAUACUGCUCCAGAAUUCUCACUAUUCAACGGCUCUUCAAUGAGUGAAUUUGUUGAGGUCAGUGAAUCGAAUGUGAGGAAAAUCCUUGCUGAUACCCCAAGAAAGUCAUGUUCGCUUGACCCUCUUCCAGCAGGGCUCUUGUAUGAAUGUCUGGAUGAAAUAGUCCCCAUCAUCACUUAUAUCAUAAAUCAGUCCUUAGGGUUGCGUUUGUUUUAAAUGUGGCAAAUUAUAGAUUUGUUUUUUGUUGACUUUGUACCGCGGUUCGAGCCUUUGGGGAUGAAGCGUGUUUUUGAAAUGAAGUUUAUUAUUAUUAUUAUUCUAUCAAAACAUGUGUUCCUAGUGUGACUCAUAUGCUCUGUGUUCCUAGUGUGACUCGUAUGCUCUGUGUUCCUAGUGUGACUCGUAUGAUUUGUGUUCCUAGUGUGACUCGUAUGCUCUGUGUUCCUAGUGUGACUCGUAUGAUCUGCUGUACACCGCAAUUUAACUCCACAGGCGUCCUGGGCCUCGAGAGGUUCAGCCUCGGCCAUGAAAAUGGCGGGUCUCAAGAUGUGUCCAGAAUAAUGUAAGUGCGUCUCAUGGUGUGUCCAGAAUUAUGUAAGUACAUCAUGUGAUGUGUCCAAUAUUAUCUAAAUACGUCACUUGAUGUAUCCAGAAUUGUGUAAGUACAUCACGUGUUGUGUCCAGAAUUAUGUAAUAUACUGUUGUUGUUUUUUUAAAGGAAGCAAUUUUUUUCCUUCCGGUCCAAAUUUGCUAAAAAUAGAGCUGUUUAAGUGAAGUGACUUUAAAAAAAAAAAAAAAAACAUACAUGAUUUCAAGAAAGAGUUUGUAACGUUUUCAACUUGUUCACCAAUGUAGCAGUAGUGUCCCCUUUUUUUUUACACGCUGUGUGCUGACAUCACAGUCAUACCCAACUUAACUCCUCCCUUCAGUCUAGCAUUCUAGUUUCCUGACAAACUCGCCAUCUUUCUCCACAGCCGGCUGACGUACCCGUCGGACCGUUACCUCAAGCUGACCCCGGACACCUUCAAAACGUGAGUCCAUUUUGUCCGCCCUCUCAGUGCAGUUCAAACUUCAAUACGUGACGGCGCCGUGUCCGUUCGUUUAGUUCGGUAAUGGCUGUCCGGAGACUUGUGCUUUUCGCUGAAAUCUUCCUUUUAGCUGCAAAGCCUAGGCGGGGGGGGGGUGUCAUGGAGAAUCUACUGUUUCCCAGUCAACUGCUUCGCACAGCUUGACCAAGGAUAACGUCAACUGCUUGCAGGAGGCGUUGGAAUUUUGACCGAGCUCAAGACUGGCCUCCAGCUACGGAUUUAUCGUUUUUGAGGUUUUUAGUCCGCAGCCUGACACGUAGAGGACGUAGUCGCAGAGGACGUAGUCGUAGAGGACGUAGUCGUAGAGGACGUAGUCGUAGAGGACGUAGUCGUAGAGGACGUAGUCGUAGAGGACGUAGUCGCGUAGGUUUGUAUGUCGGUGUUUUCCAUCUCUUAGAUGAGCCACCAUCCAAGUUUGACUAGCCCCAUCUCUUAAAUGAGCCACCAUCCAAGUUUGACUAGCCCCAUCUCUGAGAUGAGCCACCAUCCAUGUUUGACUAGUCCCAUCUCUGAGAUGAGCCACCAUCCAAGUUUGACUAGUCCCAUCUCUUAAAUGAGCCACCAUCCAAGUUUGACUAGCCCCAUCUCUGAGAUAAGACACCAUCCAGGUUUGACAAGUCCCAUCUCUUAGAUGAGCCAACAUCCAUGUUUAACGAGUCCCAUCUCAUAGAUGAGCCACCAUCCAAGUUUGACUAGCCCUAGCUCUUAGAUGAGCCACCAUCCAAGUUUGACUAGUCCCGUCUCUUAGAUGAGCCACUAUAGAUGUUUGACUAGCCCCAUCUCUUAAAUGAGCCACCAUCCAAGUUUGACUAGCCCCAUCUCUGAGAUGAGCCACCAUCCAUGUUUGACUAGUCCCAUCUCUUAAAUGAGCCACCAUCCAAGUUUGACUAGCCCCAUCUCUGAGAUGAGCCACCAUUCAUGUUUGACUAGUCCCAUCUCUUAAAUGAGCCACCAUCCAAGUUUGACUAGCCCCAUCUCUGAGAUGAGCCACCAUCCAAGUUUGACUAGCCCCAUCUCUGAGAUGAGCCACCAUCCAAGUUUGACUAGCCCCAUCUCUGAGAUGAGCCAUCAUCCUUGUUUUACUAUUCCCAUCUCUGAGAUGAGCCACCAUCCAUGUUUAACGAGUCCCAUCCUCCCCACGUGUCUGGAUUUGUUUUCUGAUAUUGCUGGGGUUUGCUUGUCAUUGGUGGAAACACAUAACCAUACAGCAAACAAUUGAAAGUCAAUGUGAAAAGGAGUAACACUACAGGGUGCAUGAAAAUCUUGUUACUAUUCAUGAAGAUAGUGUUACAAUACAGGAACAUUGUGUUACUGUACAUGAAGAUAGUGUUACUAUGCAUGAACUUUGUAUUACAUUUCAUGAAGAUAGUGUUACAAUACAGGAACAUCGUGUUACUAUUCAUAAAGAUUGUGUUACUAAGAAUUAACAAUGUGUUAAUAUUCAUGAAGAGUGUGUGUUUCAGCUGGGAGGCCGUUGAACAAGAGUCUGGUGUACAACUUGUGUACAAGCCUGGCGGGCUGACCAUCGCAGAGAAGGGCGUCACCGAUGACAUCAUGGAUGAGUACGAGGGUGCCAUGAAAAGAUACAACAUUCCGUACGAGCGUUGGAACAACACAGAACUCAUGCAGAGAUAUCCACAGGUGGGUCAUGGGUUGCUAGUGGGUCUAAUCCAUGCGAGCGUUGGAUCAACACAGAACUCACGCAGAGAUAUCCACAGGUGGGUCAUGGGUUGCUAGAGGGCCCAAUCCAUAUGAUCAUUGGAAUAAAUUUGAACCAAUGCAGAAUGCAGAUUUCCUCAGAUGGGUCAUGGGUUGCUAGUGGGGCUAAUCCAUAUGAGCGUUGGAACAACACAGAACUCAUGCACAGAUAUCCACGUUUGGGUGAGGAGUUGAGGUCAGGCUGAUCCAUAAUAAUUAUGAGCGUUGGAGGGAAUUUUCCGGGUAAGUGUAAAAAUGAUAGAUUACUACGAAGCCGUACAUCAAGUUGCAUUUUCACCCACAUUGCAACACCAGUGUAUUGUUUUUUAAUGUACUGUUUGUCUAGGUAUUAAAGCGGUGUCACCCUAUAUUAAAACACGCGGAUUUUUGUAAAAAAAUGUUUGUCUCCAGUUUACGGUGGGUCCAGAGAUUGAGGCCCUGUUCCAAAAGGAUGCUGGGAUUGUGGACGCCGCCAUGGGGAACUCCCUGCACAUCCAACUUGGCCAGGGUCGUGGCGCUAAAGUCCUGGACAACUGUCCCGUGAACAGAGUCACUAGAGCCACCAAUGGGUUAAUUGAGGUACUGCUGGCUAGGGCUUUAAAGUGGGCACUCUAAGGGUACAUUCACAAACACGUCUUGAAUGGGGUUACUGUCACAUUUUUGACCAAUAAUAGUUGACUGAAGAAAUGUUACGUAGGAUUGAGAAAUAAUUGUGGUCUCAUCUUUACACUGUGGAAUGCUUGUUUUAAUCUAUAAUUAAACAAACCCAGUGUCGUAGAAAGUUGGGAGGGGGGGGUGGGGGUGGGGGUAUUCACCCAGGCCCCAGGUGUCAUUUUUUUUCUUUAUAUGGAGGUGCGGCAUUUUCUGACAGCUGCACAGUGUGUAACCUGUAAGGGAGAGUGGAAAAAAUAUUUGCCCCCCCCCCCCAAUGGUGGCAGUAAUAGCAGUCACGCCUCUAGGCCGCGUAUCUUUUGUCAAACAAAGUUUUUUUUCUUAUAAAUCCUUCUUACGCAUUUGACAUUUAAUUUUAUAUGAAUAUUCUAAUGCCACACCCGCUUUUAGCACGCACAUUUAGUUCAACAACUAUUUCAGAAAAAACAAAAGAAAUUAUUACGCACCCCAGCGCAAUUGCGAUAUAUUUUUUUUUAAAGAAUCUCAUUCAGCGCCAGUUACCGGGAAUUUUAUUUCAUGAAAUUAAUGGCAUCAUAUUUCCUUCAUCGUCUCCUUGAUCAAACUUAUUUUUGAUGGUUUGGGGGUCGUGGGUGGGGGCUGAAAAUUUUGUAGACUGUUGUCAUCGGCAACGUGUCCAUGUGCCAAGUUUCAGCUCGACAGAUUGACGGGAAGUGGGUCCGAAGGUUUUGCCCUAAACACGUGAACGCGAGGUUAAUAUAAAGCAUUUACAAUUUACAAGACCUAGAUCGAUAAAAAGGACAUGCCGCAAAGUGGAAAGAAUAAAAUGUAAACAUAAUCUGCAAACAAAAAUUACUUCAAUGUUAUAAUUUCUUUUACUUAAAUAUAGGUAGGCUACAGCAUAUCCUAUUGAAAAUUUGAAACUGAAAUUUUUAUUCCCUUCUUCAAAGGAUGUUGGAUUUAUUUUUAUUUUUAUUUUUAAAUUGGACAAAUUUUAUUUAUUAUACACAAAUUUAAAGUGCUUAGCGUGUCUCGAGAUCCCUGUGUGAUUACGCUAAGAAUAGAUUUUGCGCCCUUUGAGUGAGCGUUGUUUGAUUCUGCAGGUGAGCACUCCCUUGGGAAUCUUCACAUGCAAGAGAGUCAUCGUCACGGCGGGGGCCUGGAUCAACAAUGUACUCAGCUACAUCGGCUGUCACGUGCCGGUUUACGUCACACAAGAGAACGUCACGUAUUUCGGAUCGCCACACGUGAAAGAGUUCACCAAGGACAAGUAACAAAUUUAAAUUUUGUGUCUACCCCACCUACCCCACUUCUUACACAAUCUCCAUCACCCAUAAAACAUGGUAGAUCUAAUGUUAUUUACUUAUAGAGAUGUAAAAAUAUCACCAUAUCACUUUAAUACUAUACCACCAUAUCACCCUAUCGCCAUAUCACCCCAUCACUAUACCACUCUAUCACCAUAUCACCCUAUCACUAUACCACUCUAUCACCAUAUCACCAUAUCACCCUAUCACCCUAUCACUAUACCACUCUAUCACCAUAUCACCAUAUCACCCUAUCACCAUACCACCCUAUCACCAUACCACCCUAUCACCGUACCACCCUAUCACCAUAUCACCCUAUCACCAUAACACCCUAUCACCAUACCACCCUAUCACCCUAUCACUAUACCACUCUAUCACCAUAUCACCCUAUCACCAUAUCACCCUUUCACCAUAUCACCUUACCACCAUAUCACCCUAUCACCAUACCACCCUAUCACCCUAUCACCAUAUCACUAUACCACUCUAUCACCAUAUCACCCUAUCACCCUAUCACCAUACCACCCUAUCACCAUAUCACCCUAUCACCAUACCACCCUAUCACCAUAUCACCCCAUCACCAUAUCACCGUAUCACCAUAUCACCAUAAACUAGUUUCAGAUUCCUAUGUUCAUAUACUACGCCCCUGGAACAGGUUCCCCAUGUUUAUUUACCACGCCCCUGGAAACGACAUUUACGGACUUCCUGUCCACGGCAUAAGCGGCACCAAGAUCGGUAUCGACGCCGCGGGCCCCGUCGUGACAGGGGACACCAGAACUUGGACCCCAGACCCCAACAGACUCGAACGUGUGAGGACCUUUCUCAGCAAGAAUAUACCAAAGGUAGGAACUACGAGAGUUUGAGAGGAGUUUGAAGAUAAACGGGGUUGCCGGGCGGAAGGGGGGGGGGGGUGGAACGGGGGGGGGGAUAUUUAACAAUGGGUAGUUUGUGAUGGCGGGCUUUAGAUGGAGGGGGGGGAGCUGGUUACUUUUUUGUUCCAAAGCCUAAAUUGUACUUUUUUAUACUUCCCCAAUGGUGUGAUACUGUUAAUGAAUGCUCCCCCCCCCCACCCAAAGAUGUGAUAUUAUUAUUGGAUAAUUUUGGUGGGAAAUGUUUUCUAGGAGUUGGAUCCCUUCAAAAUUGCCACAGAUCAACAUCAAAUACGAGUUUAAACGCAAUAAAAUAAAGUAGGAGGACAAAAUUUAAAUAGUCUUAAAAUGCAUUAAGCAAAGAAAGUCUGUUCAGAGAAUAUAUUUUUUAAAAUUAAUUAAAAAAAUAAAACAUAUUUAAGUUUCGUCCGCAUUCAGUUCGACAAUAAGUUUGUUGGCCUGUGGGGCGCUUUCAUUUCAUGGGAUAUUACACUGUGAUAAGUUUGUUGACCUGUAGGACGCUUUCAUUUCAUGGGAUAUUACACUGUGAUAAGUUUGUUGGCCUGUGGGGCGCUUUCAUUUCAUGGGAUAUUACACUGUGAUAAGUUUUUUGGCCUGUAGGACGCUUUCAUUUCAUGGUAUAUUACACUGUGAUAAGUUUGUUGCCCUGUUGGACGCUUUCAUGUCAUGGGAUAAUACACUGUGAUAAGUUUUUUGGCCUGUAGGACGCUUUCAUUUCAUGGAUAUUACACUGUAAUAAGUUUUUUGCUCUGUAGGAUGCUUUCAUUUCAUGGGAUAUUACACUGUGAUACGCUUGUUAGCCUGUAGGACGCUUUCAUUUCAUGAGAUAUUACACUGUGAUUAGUUUGUUGGCCUGUAGGACGCUUUCAUUUCAUGGGAUAUUACACUGUGAUAAGUUUGUUGGCCUGUAGGACGCUUUCAUUUCAUGGGAUAUUACACUGUGAUAAGUUUGUUGGCCUGUAGGGCGCUUUCAUUUCAUGGGAUAUUACACUGUGAUAAGUUUGUUGACCUGUAGGACGCUUUCAUUUCAUGGGAUAUUACACUGUGAUAAGUUUGUUGGCCUGUAGGGCGCUUUCAUUUCAUGGGAUAUUACACUGUGAUAAGUUUGUUGGCCUGUAGGACGCUUUCAUUUCAUGGGAUAUUACCCUGUAGUAAGUUUGUUGGCCUGUAGGACGCUUUCAUAUAGUGCUCAUCUGCACAAUCAAAGUCCUGGUCAAUGAGAAACCCUUACACAUGACGUCAUGUCGUCCACAGUUCCUUGGUCCGGUCAUCAAGACAAAAACGUGCUUGUAUACGAUGACGCCAGACCGAGACUUCCUAAUAGACAGCUGUGCUAAGGCUGGGUACCCGGAUAUCUUUGUGUGUUGUGGUGCUGGACAUGCAUACAAGUAACGCCAAUAGACAUAUAAUCAUGACCGUAUAACCUUCAUCUUAUAAAUAUCAUCUUAUAAUUAUGAUCUUAUAAGGAAAAUAUCAUAAAUAUGGUCUUAUAAAUAUGAUAGUAUAAUCAUGAUCUUAUAAUAUAGAUCUCAUAAAUAGGAUCUUAUAAAUAGUAUAGUAUAAUCAUUACCUUAUAUAACCAUCAUCUUAUAAAUAUGAGCUUAUAAUCACGAUCUUAUAAACAAGACCUCAUAAAUAUUAUCUUAACAUCGUGAUCGUAUAAAUAUGAGCUAAUAAUCGUGAUCUUAUAAUCUUGUAAUCGUGAUCUUGUAAUCAUGAUCUUAUUAUCAUGGGUUUUUUUUUAAUAUUACCCUCUAAUCAUGAUCUUACAACCACGACCGAAUAAUCAGGAUCAUCUUGUAACCUUUGUUUCAGAUUCGCUAGCCUGUUAGGUAAGAUCCUGUCUGAGCUGGCUGUUGACGGUCGCACCAAGUAUGACAUCUCUGAGUUCUCCUGGAACAGAGAAGGUCUCACCAACCCUGACUUUAAGCCUGUCUUCGUGAUGGGCACAGACAAGAGCAAACUCUAGUUGCCAUGGAAACAGAACUCUUCUAUUUCUGGGGGCUUUGAUUUGUAGGACCGUCUUUUGAAAAGAAGUUUUGUCUUCUGUUAUUAACUCUUGCUAUUUUCUGUUUCAUGGAGAGUGUUAAUGUUUACUAACAAGCGCAACAUUAAAAUGUUGCACGAGAUGUAGCUGUUAUCGGUCUGUUUGUUUGGGGUUUUUUAUUAUUAGAGUCCAGAAAAAAUCCUACGUUUCAUUUCUAUUCUUUUCAUCAACAUAAUUACUAUAGUUCCCCAGUCCUUAAAAAUAGUAGUAUUAUUUGCAGUUAAGGAUGUUUCUUUCUUUAUAAAUUAUAGUUGAUUUUAACUUGAUUUGUUAAAUUUAAAUUUUGCAUUUCGACAAUUCACAAUUGAGUGGAGAAGUGCAGACUGCCGUUGUUGGAAUAUCCUUGUUAAGUUCUGCUCCAUCUUUCACGUAAACGCUUCUCGUCUUUUCGAGUCUCUGCUGAGAAGAACCUUGAGUCGACAAACAUGUUUUAAAAUGCCACCAAAUUGUGGAGGUCGUGUGAAUUAAAAUUGAAGAGGAUUUUAUUUUUUUAGUGAAUUAAAAUGUGCACAGUAGCCGAGCUUUGUAAAAAUGUAUUUCUUAUCAUUUGUUAUCAUUAUAAUUAUAAGAUUUUUUUCCCUGUUGUAAGAAAGCUGCAAGCCUAUUCAUUACUUAAAAGAUGAAAUAAAAAUAUAAACUCAAGCUGU